UAUUGUACUAACGAUGUGUCAUCAACACAUUAGGGUGGAAACAGCAAAUGUUGGGUAAAAUAAGAGGACAAGACCAGUGUUUUAUUUUAUUUAGGGGCCCGUUACAGACAAGUAAGUUAUAUUGUCUUUGUCGACAGGCUGUCAUAAAGUGAACACGACAGCAAGAGUUGAAAACGCACUCAAACUGCUAAGCUACUUUGGUUCUCCACAACUGCACUGUUAGCAUCGGGCUAACUGGCUGAUCCCCUGUCUACCUGACGGGACGGGAGAGAGAUGUCCUGCAGCUUAUUGGAGUUCUGUCGGCUCCAGGAGCUCAAAACGGUCCGGGACUACCUGUUCCAGAGCCAGAAAAACGAGCCGGUGGAGGAGAAGAAUCAAACGGAAAAUGAUGUGUCCUGGGAGACCUCUGAGUGGGAGUCGGCAUGGGAUAGCGGGGAAAACAAAGAGGAGGAAACGACUUCUGCCACAAAGGUGGAGGAGGAGCCCACAGAGCAGAGGGCCCCCUGGCUGCAGGACUGUGUCGUGUCCCUGUCGCCCUGCUCCGACCUGCUGGUAGUGGCCCGCGAACAGAAGGCUGUCUUUCUCUCAGCUAAGUGGCGUACAGAUGAUGGCGGCAGAGAGGAGAUGACCCUGGCUGUGUCCUGGACUGGAACACUCAGCACUGAUGAAGGAGAGUGUGUGAGCAGCUCCAUCUGCAUACCGUUGGCAAGCCAGAAGCGGAGCUCCACAGGGCGGCCUGAUUGGACAUGUGUGGUCGUGGGUUUCACUUCUGGCUACGUCCGCUUCUACACAGAGAAUGGCGUUCUCCUCCUGGCCCAGCUGCUGCAUGAGGACCCUGUGUUGAGGCUCAAGUGUCGCACGUAUGAGAUCCCUCGUCAUCCUGGAGUGACUGAGCAGCAUGAAGAGUUAAGCAUCCUGUACCCCGCUUCUAUGGUCACCAUCGACGGCUUCAGCCUCUUCCAGUCUCUGCGGGCCUGCAAGAACCAGGUGGCAAGAGCGGCAGCAGCAGGCAGUGAUGUGAUCCAGCCCCCUCCCCUGGCCUAUAAGAAGUGGGGUCUGCAGGACAUGGACGCCAUUGUGGACCACUGUAGUGUGGGCGUGAUGACGCUGUGUGUGUUUGACCAGAUGAAGAACGCUUCUAUCCUCGGGGGGUUUCAUGCUUCAGUCAAGGGAAACCCCCCCGCUAUGAGCCAGUAUGUCACUGUGGGAGGUGGGCCAUACACGGGCUUCUACUAUGCUGUAGAGGGAAGCUCCCAGCCUCUCCUCUCUCACGUGGCUCUGGCUGUGGCCAGCAAACUCACCUCAGCUCUCUUCAGUGCUGCAAGUGGAUGGUUGGGUUGGAACAAGCAUAAGAAUGAAGAGGAGGCAGUUCAGAAACAGAAGCCGAAGGUGGAGCCUGCUACUCCCUUGACCAUCAGAUUUGGUCUCCCAGACUCCCGUCGUCAUGGCGAGUCCAUCUGUCUGUCCCCCUGCAACACGCUGGCCGGAGUGACGGAUGACUUUGGUCGGGUCUCGCUGCUGGACUUGGCAAGGGGCGUGGCUAUCCGCAUGUGGAAAGGCUACAGAGAUGCUCAGCUGGGAUGGCUGCAGGUUCCAGAGGAGCGAGUCGAUCGAGAGUCAUCCCCCUCUGCCUCCCACCCCAGACGCCAUGCUUUGUUCCUGGUCAUCUACGCGCCGCGCAGAGGGAUCCUGGAGGUGUGGGGGAUGCAGCAUGGACCCCGAGUCGGAGCCUUCACUGUGGGCAAACACUGCAGGUUGCUGUAUGCUGGCUACCGUCUGAUGGGGGUGAACAGUGUGACUAGUAAGGGCUGGCAGCUCCACACGCAGCAGGUGUGUCUGCUGGAUCCCAUCACAGGAGCUCUGAGGACCGUCAACAUCCCCUUCCACCUGGCCCUCAGUGACAAGAAGAGUGAGCGAGCCAAAGAUAUGCACCUGUUAAAGAAACUGACUACUCUCCUCAGGAGCAGAGAGGUGGAGCCCGAUAUAUUGGAGAGCGAAGCCAAAAGUGCGCUGCUGGACAUCAAACAUCCCGCCAUUAAAAAGCAGGCUUUGGAGUCACUACUGUCCAAUAAGAAUGCUCCUGUCUCUUGUCUUGCUAACAUCACAUCUGCCUUAUAUGACACUCUAAAGCAACAAGACCCAGAUGAGGUGGAUCCAGCUCUACAGCAGCUCUGCUCCUCUCAGCUGAAACUGCUUCAGCUCUACUCCGACAUCCAGCAGCUGCACUCGGCUGCAGACACAGAGACCUGCCCUGGAACUGAGGAGUCCCUGGAAGGCAUCGAGGAGGAGCUGUCCCGUGUUGGUCCUACCUUACAACGCUACGCUCAGCUCACCACCAGACCCAGUGUGUCCUUCGCCCAGGACUCGCCCAACUCCCUCCUGCCCGCCCAGGCCUUCCUCUCCCAGAUGGAGUGCACCGAGGGAGAGGAGCUGAGGGUAAUCCGCGGCUCUGAAACCCAAUGGAAUCAGCUAGGGAACUUUAUGUUCUGGGGUUGUCUGUGUGGAAAGAGCCCACUCCAUAAAAUGUGUGAUACACUGCAGCAGGCAGGCAUCAGUCCUCAGCAGCUCCUGUCCCUGUUGCUAAGUGUGUGGUUGCAAAGAGAGAAGGAGGUGCUACAGAAACCAGAAGAAACUGUAAAAAAUCUACACACACUACUCAUCGCCCUUAGCAACAUGAAAGGUGCAGUUGAGGAUUCCUGGGACCCCCAGUCUAUCUCUCCCUGGUGGCAGCAGGUCCGCACUACAUGCAUCCAGUCCCACAACGCUGCUGCUGCUCUGCUGGCUGCUUUUGUUGCUCACCGCGCUACCAAAGCUAGCAUCACAAGCCGGGCUGACAGCAAGUUUCAGUCAGAGUGGGAGGCAGUGUCCCUUGAGCUGGAGCAGUGGCUGGUGUGUGUUCGCCAGCUGGAGGAUGUGUUGGUGCUGCAGACUCUGCUAUUGGUGCCUCCUCCUCAGGGCUCAACAGUGGGCGCUGCACCACAGUGCUCCAUCAAAACGCUGCUGGAGGGAGGCACAGGCGGCAUUGCAGACAGUAUCUCCAAGUGGGUGUUUAGGCACAACUUGGCCCCUGAGCGAUUGAAGGAGAUUCUCCAAAAGAAAGAAGAGGCAGAUGAAAAACUUGAGCAGAAGUCCGGCGAAGGAAAGGAGCUGGAGGAGGGGAAUCAAGAGGACACAGACAGAACAGCAGAGCUGCUAGUGGCAGUUUGCCAGCGCUUCCCUCACUCCCUGUCUCCUGACCUGCUCUCCGCCCACUGCUGCUGGGAAUAUGUGGUGCAGUGGAACAAAGACCCCGAGGAGGGCCAAUAUUUAUGGUGUGCUGUUGAACAUUUGAAGCUGGUCUCCAGUCCACAUAUCAAGCUAGGUAUUUCUGCGAUGAUGUGGAGCACGUUCAUUGUGAAGCGCUUCUCAGCAGCAGCCUACCUCAUGGAGAAGGUGGGGAAAGCACCCAAAGAUCGCUUAUGUCGACGGGACGUCGGGAUGGGAGACAAAGCCGUGACUUCUUUCCUGGGCUGCUGUGUGCAGCUGCUGCAGAUCCUCAUGGAGGUGACUGGAGUAUUGGUUAAAAAUACGAGCCCUGUGUCUUUUAUAGAUUACCUUGCGGACUCUGCUGUGGAGGAGGUCUCGGCCCCGGAGCUGUCCAUGGAGGAGGCGUGGUGCGGGGCAGAGGGCCCGGCGUCUCUGGCUGAGAUGGCCCUGGAGCAGAGGGGCGUCCACUACCCUCUGGUGCAGCACCACUGCCUGGUCGCCUCCCUGCUACAUGCUGCUAUGACCUUUAGCCUGAAGGUCAAACCUCUCAGCCUGUUUGACAGCAAGGGUAAGAAUGCUUUCUUCAGAGAUCUGACCACCAUCCAGCUGAUGCCCAGCGGAGACAUGGACCCCGGCCUGGUGUCAAUACGACAAGAGUUCCUCCUCCGGGUGCUGACGGCCUGGGUGCAGGCUAUCAACGAUCCGUCCAUCCCAGCCUCCAGCAACACGUCCCCCACUCCCCCCUCGAAUGGCCCCAAGGCUGACUGGUGGCCCUCGCUGUGUCUGGAGCUGGGCUCCCUGCUGCAGGUCAACCCCGACAUCCUGAGGAGACACCUGGUCUGUGAGCUCUACAGCCAGGGCCUGGACCCCCGCGCUGAGGAGGUGAUGCUGGAGGUGGAGGAUAAGGACGUGCUGGGCUCCCAGCUGCUGGUGCUGACGGGACAGAGGCUGAGCUACUGUCUGCUCCACAGCCAGAGUCAGACGCAGUCCGCCAUGGAGCUGCUGGCCCGCCUGCCCCCCACCCUUUGCACAUGGAUCAAGGCGAUGGACCCCAGUGAGCUGCGCUUGCCCCUCGUCCCCCUGUCCCAGACCAGCAGGCUGGUGGGCCGGCUGGUUGAGAUCCUGCCGGAGAACCACGCCCAGUACAUUCUGGCCCUGCACCUGCUGGAGGCUGUGGAGGCCCUCUCUGCUGAGGGCUGACCCCGAGAGGUGGAGGGCAGCACCUUCAGAGGCAGGGUCAGUGAGGGCAGGUGGAGAGAAGGAAAUUAAGAAAUAAAACAAGGUCUGUACCACAUUAGGGUAACGAGAAAAUAUGAUUAACGGCCUUCUGAACCUCUUUGUCAUGGAGACUUUGUGUUUCGUCACUCGGCUCAUGUUAAUAAGAUAUCUUUGUUCUCACAACUUAAUUGAAGAAAGAUUAAGAGUGCAUAUUAUAGCCUUUUAACCCAUCAUAUUUUCCGCGCAUGUAACUUGUAUUGUGUUAUUGAAGAUUAUUGUCUGGAAAAUAAGUUUAAGGAAUGGUUAUUAAUGGACAGGGCAUGUUUGUCUGAGGAACUUUAGAGAUCACAUGUCAGUGUUGGUGUCCUAACUGUGUGCCAUAUCAGAGUUCAGUUCUCCUUCUUCCUUUCUCCCUCCCAUGGACAAGAGAUGUAUCAUAAAGAAAUAUGGACCUUAUUUUUUAUUUAUAUAUGCAGACAGUACUGUACUAUCUGUGCCUGUUUGUUUGUCUCCUAUUCUGUAGUCUGUGUCAUUGCAGAAUAAAGAGCUUUCUAAUGCAG